ACAUACGAGGCACUCCAAGGACCAGUACUGCCAACAAUAACCUCACGCUCGUCCCUCAAUGCUUGCCAUGGCCGAGUAUCCGUCGUCGCAAGUUGAUGCUUUCAGCAAUCGCUCGUUUGUCGUCUACUAGUAUCUGACUCCUGACAGCACAUAUAGGGUCCGAGCAAGCCCGAAAGCAUUCUUUGCGAGGGGCUUUUGCUGAGCCAUGCGGGGUCCUCGCUAAGGCCUUCGGGGGACACAUCACCAAUAUGGAAGAGUCCAAGACAUGCAGAGGGCUUGGGUGUUGUCACUAGUCCAAACCGUCAGCCUCGCAGCGUAACCCGGCACCUGGAAAGCUCUGGGCAUGCCGAUGCACAUGCCUUGCCGCUAGACAGGCACAGGGGUGACUGUCGAAGCCCACAUGCCUAAGCUAGAGUUGCCCAGUGCCCACGGUAAACCCCGACCGUUCUGUGGUAGGCUCAGUGGCCUGAUGUCAAUAAUCGAUCUUCGAUCCUCUGCGCCGGGCUUCUUAGGGCCCCUAAGCGAACGCCAGGACUUCCACUGAGAACUUUCAAACAAACAUAAUAAACUGUCACCCUCCCGUACGUGGAGUGAUGAUUCCGCAAUCUCAAAAAAGUCUUGCAAAUAUCAAACUUGGUUUCAUCACAUUCGACAGUCAAACAAUCCAGAAGGCAAUAUGCCUUACUCACAAAUGUUUAACCAAUACCAAAACACAUCCCCCUAUGAUAACCAGCCUUGGAAUGAAGUCGAUUUCACCACCUCAUUGCCACCCAACGACAACUUCAAGUCAAUAGAUGACACAGGCUUUUACGACUUCAGUGGCCUACCAAACGACAAUCAGAAUGCUCCCUCCCCCAACUAUUCACAAUUCUUGAACUUCGAUUCUUCCGAGGUUGGCUCAUAUUCCGUCCCGAGCGAAGACAUUUCGCCCAACAGAUUCAAUGGUCCCCAGGCGCCCAUCAGCUAUCCUAUCAAGCUCGAACCAGACCUGUCUCGGAAUGAUUCUUUUGGCUGUGGACUCCGCAGACAAUCUGGAGAAUGCAGUCCCCAACGAUGUGGACCGGAACCGGCCUGCGUGCAGUUGACCAGCCUUGCGGAGAUCGAGGACUGCAAUUCUACACCAUGUCUCACCACGGACACAAAUACUGUGUUCCCUUCUAAUAUUGUUCGAAAGACUUCACGCUCGAAUUCCCGUGAAUCAAUUCCAAGGCCCAAGGAGGAACGGGAAAGGAAGGUCCGAACGAAACGCGGCCAUAAAGGCUCUUCUAGUGACGAAGACUCAGCGCAACUACGGGCGAAGCAAGCGCACUCAGUCGUGGAACGGCGAUAUCGCGACAACCUCAAUGGGAAGAUCAUGCAAUUGCAUCGUGCCUUGGUUGCGACCGAAGCAACUUCCAGGCUGACUGGCAUGCCCAACCAAGACUUCUACACUUCACGGGAACAUCGGGGCAAAGUGCGAAAGUCCGAUGUCAUGACUGAUGCGAUGAACUACAUUCACCAAUCCGAAGUCGAGGUUCGCCACAUGUCGGACGAGAUCAACCGUCUCAACGAGAGAGUCCGGUCACUGGAGAAGCUCGUGAAAUGCGAAGACUGCACAUUGCUCAAGCAAAUGGUCCGGUUACAAUUACAGCAACAACACCCUAAUUGAGCGCUUCAAAAAGUGUUUUCGGGUAAUGCGCAACAAUUGUUGGCACAUCUCUUUCAGGCCUGGUUUGGGAACGGCCAAGUUGGGCUUCCUCUUGACACACUACUCAUCCGACUACUUUCUUCAUGUUGACUUACAAAAAUGGGAGGAAAAUGGCACAAAGAAGCGGCGUUCGGGAAUGGGGGAUGGGAAAAUGAAGCCCGGAGGAGCUUCAUUGGCUGGGUGGACGGCUCUUACAUUGAGCGCGGCGUCUUGGAGGAGACCUUACAAGGGUCUUGCUGUGUCCUGGGCUUGAGGAAGAGAGGAAAUGCUCCUGGUAUCUGGGCUGUGGUCUCCUCAACGUGGGACAGACACGAGCAUUGGGAUCUCGGGGAUGGGACACCUGCUUUUUGACGAAUGUAACGAAUAUUCUUGACUCGCACUUUCUGUGCUUGAGUCCAUUUUAUGUGCCAUUAACACUUCGAUGGGCGCACUGCACAGCAGUCGCAGCUCUAUAAUGAUAUGAUACCAAUUUUUAA